UAGAUUUGACUUGUUCCGGCUUUAAAUCAUACAGUCUCUUGUAAAGGAAGUCCGUGAACGAACUCGAGGAGAGGACACGAGCUCUUGGAAGAGUGCGCGAGUUUGUUUGUUGCACCAAGUUUUGGAGAGCAGUCGCCGGCUGGAGAUCGCCCGGCGCGCGCGCUUUAAUUACAAUCACGCCGAGGCGAUUAUUAAGCGGGAUCUGAAGAUGAAUGACACGGACGUUUUUUGCAAAAACAACCAAACAGACAACUUGACUGACCCGUCAUGUCUGGGUUCAACUCCUCAAUCUUACAGCCACAUCGACAUCACCACUUUCAUGCACAUUUUCCCCACAAUCUAUGGCAUCCUGUGCUCAGUGGGAGUUAUAGCCAACGGACUGGUUAUCUAUGCAGUGAAAGCAUGCAAGAAGAAAAUGGUAUCAGACAUAUACGUGCUGAACUUAGCUAUAGCGGACAUGCUGUUCCUGCUGGUGAUGCCCUUCAACAUACACCAGCUGGUCAGAGACAGACAGUGGGUCUUCGGAAACUUUAUGUGCAAAGCGGUUGUGGUGGUGGAUGUCAGCAACCAGUUUACCACAGUGGGAAUUGUAACAGUCUUGUGCAUUGACAGGUACAUAGCUAUUGUCCACCCCACCUCAGAGAAGAGGACCAUCCAGUGGACGGUCAUCAUCAAUUUGCUGGUGUGGCUGGGCAGCUUCCUCCUCACCGUCCCCGUCAUGCUGUAUGCUAAGGUGGUGCACAGACAGCAUUUGCAGGUGUGCAUGAUGUACCUGGACGGGCCCGAGGACAUGUACUGGUACACUCUCUACCAGUCCAUCCUGGGCUUCAUCAUCCCUCUCAUCAUCAUCAGCACCUUCUACUCCCUCACCCUCUACCACGUGUUCAGCUCCAUUCGUCGCGUCAAACGCAAGCAGUCUGUUUGGGCUAAAAGAGCCACCAAGAUGGUCCUCAUGGUCAUCGCCCUGUUCCUGAUCUGCUGGUCGCCCUACCACGUCAUCCAGGUGAUCAAUCUGACCAACAACACCCCAACCAUCGCCUUCAUCUACGCCUACAACAUCAGCAUCUGCCUCAGCUACUCACACAGCUGCAUCAACCCGCUCAUGUUGCUCAUCUUCGCCCAGAAUUACCGCGAGCGCCUUUGCUCCAGGAACGCGCUGCACAGCUCCCAGCACUCGUCCAAAGUCACCGUGGUCAAAAUGGAUGGUUCCAGUACAACCAAUGACCCCAACUACCGCUGUACGGUCAUCUGAGGGCGCAGGUGUCAUUUUGUAUAUACACAUGUACAUUUUUGUUUUCUGCUGCUCACUCCAAAAGGAUGUAGCUUGAUGAGUGGUCUUACCUGUGAAGUCAUAUUCUGCAGCUUUUUCAAAAAAAUAAGGCGGAAUUUGUUACCGUAUAAAAAAAUGGGUGUAAAGUUUGAGCAGAAAAUGUGUAAAAUACAGGUAAUGUCAAAGGUGUCGACAUGCAGACUGACUCACAUGUAAACCUACACUACACAUGAUAAUAAUUAUAGAUUAUCCCAUGUUAUCCAUGGCAAUAUUAUUAUUAUUACUGCAGUAUGUGUUUCGCUACCCAGCACUUUACACCAUUAUGUUAUUCUUAGUAAUAUUGUUAUUAUUAUUUAUUGAUUUUUUUUUUCUCUUUCUAGAACUCAGCACAGCCAAGCACACCUGAGAUAUCACACACGUGCUUAUUACACAAGCUUAAAGGGAUAGUUUGGAUUUUUUGAAGUGAGGUUGUAUGAAGUAUUUACUCAAAGUCAAUGUAUUCUGUGUAGUAGACGAAGGUCUCCUGGGUGCUUUCCCAGUUCAGAGAUUCAGACACACGCUCCAGGCAGUAUGUGUAUAUAUUAUGAGUAGGAACAUGGAAGUUCUACAGUUGAGAAAAAGUAGUGCCAAAUGUCGGUGGACAUAUCGUUAAUAUAUCAUACAGAUUUUUAGGGUGGGCCUUUGUUUAGGUGGACAAAAUACAUUUUGUGACAGUGCCUGUCUGUUUCCUGCCUGAAGCAUGGCUGGAUCUUCAAAUUGUAAAUGCACAGACUAUCAUUUACUGCACGGAAUACACUGACUGUCCGAACUAUCCCUUUAAUGCAUUCUCUUGAUUGACUGAAUUAAUGAGAUAAUUAUCUUAUUUAUUAAAGAAAUAUGGGGAAAAAUGACUUGAAAAGUUUUAAAAUUCUGCUCUUGUUUUUCUGAAUUAAUGAGAAUAUUAUCUCUAAAGAACAGGCCAAAUAUUAAAACUCUCAAGUGAAUGCAUUAUGCUUCCAUAUAAGAUCAUCUCACUUAGUCACUCUUUCACCGGCUCAUUCAUUAACUUACAUAAUUGUCCUCACUCAGUCUUGUUCAUUUAUUUCCCAAUUCCCCCUGCUAUCAUUUAUUAAUAAUGAAUCUGUUGUUGGUGUUCUGAUUGCUUAAUUUUCUUUUCUGAAUAAUUAAUUUACUCGCAGAUUCAUCCAGGGAAUAAGAGGGCUUAGGUACCCACACGGUAUCAUCGAUGGUGCCAAGAGGUACCAGUUUUAAUCAAUAUUUUAUUGAAAUCGCAAUAUUGAUUAAUGCAAUAUCCCAAAAGGCACAAUAUUUGUUAAAGGAUAAAAAUGUGUCAAAAUAACAUUCUGAAUGAAGUGUUGUGGAUCUGCAAAGAUGUCCCAAAUCAUAUUCCGAAAACUAAAAAAAAAACAAUCAGACCAUGACUAUUUUGAUAUAUGACUCAUAUGGCAAUUAUAAUAUUAGUAAAAAAAUAAUGACACUUUUGAAAUAAUUUAGCUGUCUGUAAUGUCUUUCUCUUUGCCCCCCCCCCCCCAGUUAUAGACACGCUGCUGUGUCCUGCAUGGCCACUCUUUGCAAUGGUAACUGGCUUGCAUAUAUAUUUUUUAUGGUGGUCAUAUUUCUUCUGUGCCUCUAUCUUGCUUGUAAACCUUUGUCCCCUGUCUACCGCUGCCUGUGUUAGUAUAAAGUCCCUUUGCAUCAAACCAACCAAACACAACACAAACAUUUUCCGAAAACCU